GUUUCCCUACAUUGAUCAUUUGCACCGGCCAAGAUGAAAUCGCGGACGAGGCUAUAACAAGAAUCAAAAUUUAGCAUCAACACGUUAGUCCGUUACGUUCGACGGCAGCUGCAGCCAGAAGUUGCAUUUCGUGUCCAGCGUUGUCCUGUCCGUGCAUUUUUACUUGUGCUCGCGUCCGUACUUGCUGGAACCCCUUAUACGUUCGCCUUUUGUGUAUUCACCACCGUGAGGUGAAAAAAAAAAUACGUAUUAACGCUCCUUAUACGUAUGGUGCACAAGACGUGCGGCGAUCACCUUCUUGCCACUGCCGAAAGUUUUAAGAUGAGGGUUCAUCAUACGAUGGCCCUAUAACAGAGCCCUCUGCAGCAGUCGGCAGCGGUCGCGCGUGACCCCGCGGCGUGACGCCUCAGUCCGCUGAACGUGUACAGUGGUUCCGUUGUCGGUCCUACUUCGUCACAACCACUGAAGUUAUAUGUGGCGUCAGUUCGCGGGCUAGGAGUUUAGUUCUGUUAUUCUAUGUCUUAGUUUGUCGGCAAAAAAAAAAAAAAAAAGAAGGAAAACCGUCUUCCGCUGAUCUCAACUCGCGGGAUGGAGGAAUGGCACGCACACCGUUGGCGGCUCACCCCCCCCCCCCCCCCAACCCUCCACACGGGGGAGCGGCCCACACAUGACAGCGCCCCGUCGGCGUGCGCAGGCCGUCCGCGACCAGCGGGUGGGCGCCGCGGGAGGCGGCAGGCGCGUGCCGGCCAUGGCCGCCGACCGCCGCCUGUCGCUGGUGGCCGCCGAGCCGCUCAGCCCCGGAGACUCCCUGGGACCCGUGCCGCCGCUGGGCCUGGCAGGGGUGGACCCGCUGGCGGCGCUCGCGUGGCGCUGCCUCGACGAAGCGCCUGCGCCGGCCAACGCCGCCGUCAAGGCGGUGUCGGCCUGGCGCGGCCGCCCGUCGGAGUGCCCGGAGUCGGCGACGGACGACGAGCAGCGGCGGCAGCACGAGGAGGAAGAGGAGGAAGAGCGUCUCCGGUGGCUGUCCCAGCUGCCGGCGGCGCGCCACCCGCACGAGCAGAACCUCGAGGUGACGCUCGCGUCGCAGCAGCUGCAGCUGCGCGUGUGCCGUCCCGUGCAGAGGGGCGAGCCCCUGCUCGCCUGGUUCUCCCGCGAGCUCGCCGACUUGCUCAGGCUGCCCGCGGCGCCGAGGAACACCACCAACGCCCACGGUGGCGAGAAGCCGUACCGGUGCCCCCUGUGCAGCGACUCGUUCGCGAACCCGUACCCGGUGGUGUCGCACCUCAUGUACCGCUGCCCCGCGAGGCACCACGCCGCGUCGGCCGAGGUGCCGCCUCCGCCACCUCCGCCCACGGUGCCACGGCGGACGAGUGAGAGCGCGCCAGAGCCGGUCUCCGGCUUGGACGCCAAACCGAGGACGCCACUAGCCGCGACUUCGCUGCCGGCGGCCAGGAAGGUCAAGGGCUUCGACAUCGCCUCGCUCACCGACUGCUGCAGCGGUGGAGGAACGGAGAGCAAGCACCAGGCAGCGAGCACGAAAGACGCUAAAUUGACGCUGGACAGGUUGACGACUACGCGAGGUGAAGCCGCGACGGCGUUACCACAGGCGCAUUCGCCGGCGGCGGCGUCCGAGUAUGGUGCGGCGGCCUGCGUGCCCGAUGACCUGUCUUUCAAGCGGCCUUCCAAGAAGCGCGCCAGGGCGGACGACGACGCUGCUGCGACGGCGCCGCCUUCCAGCGCCUUCAAGAAGGUCGACAAAACGGACAGGUCUCCGCCCGGAUUGUCCCCGGUUGCCGGCGGCUUUCCAUUCGCUUUUCCGUACGGCCUGCCGCCAUCCAGCCCCCUCUGCGCCCAGUUUCCGCUGCUGCCCGUGUUCGGGCCACUCCUGGACCCCAAGGUCGAAGACGACGGUGUCUACGACAAGAACGCUUCGCCCGCCGGCAACAACUCAUCGGCGGCCGCAGCAGCCGCAGCAGCCGCCGCUGCCGCAGCCGCGCGACGGUUCCUUCCGGCCGCCGCCGCAGCUGCAGCCGCAGCGGCCGCAGCGGCGCAGUACCCAGCUGCAGCCGUACUGCCCUACCUCCCACCCUCGCUGGCAGCGCUGUCUCUGCCGUCUCAGAACUGGUGCGCCAAGUGCCAGACGAGUUUCCGCAUGACCAGCGACCUGGUGUACCAUAUGCGCUCACACCACAAGCGAGAGCCGGACCCGGCCAAGAAACGGCGAGAGGACAAGCUGCGCUGCCACAUUUGCCACGAGAGCUUCCGCGAGCGGCAUCAUCUCACCCGACACAUGACGUCUCACCAGUGACGUGGUGAUGACGCGUCUCUCGCUACUGUAGCUGCACGGACGGUUGCCGCCGGGAUGCCACGCGCCAGCAUUGGUGUCCUCGAGGCUUCCUCGAAGGUUGUAAAAGAGAACGCGGCUGGUCCUGUGUCGUGCGCUACGUAGUUUCCUUGUUGGCAGCGUGCGACGUCUUCAUUAUCACGCGGUCGUCGACAUCAUCGGUGGCACAGGUCUUCAUUGACGGGGCACUUCGGACUCAGCCGCGUUGUGCGGCUGACGCACUUGCCGCUAAAAAUAUUGUGGUUCUGGCAAGUCCCGACCGUCCUCUAUUUGGAGGUGGCUAUCGACGUCUGAGCAUCAGAGCCUGAAAGGAAGUGUGCGGUUAGGAAGUCGGCAGUCGUUCGAGCUGCCUUUCUCAUCGCCGUUAUCAGCUCGAGACGUUAUCCGAACGCCUGCACGGCACCUUGCCAGAGGCCGGCGCGAACCAUCUGGUGGCUUGUUCCUAUUGGUCUUCGUGAUGUUGCCCCUGGUGACGCCCCUACUGUAGGCGCCAGAGAAGCCGUGGUUGUCUUGCUUCCUGGGCGCUCUCAAGCGAACUCCUGACUCUCUGUGCGGGCGAUGGGGAAGUCUAGUCAUCUCAUCGUUGUCUUGUGUGUUAUUUUUGUGGUGCGAAAGGUGGAUAAGAAUUACUUGCCGGUGGACAUGGCCGUGACCUUAGGAAAGCGAAUCAACUUUUGUUUGUUUUUUGUUAUUUUGCUGAAUCCACCAAGCAGGUUGAGCGGCUGGCCCGUCGACAUAACAGCAGAUACGGCGCUGGAGGUGUGCUAUUGUGUUCCUUAAGACGUGCUAUUAAGAAGCAAUGGUGUGAAGUCUGUGAAGUCUCCUAUUUACAAUUAACUUAAGUGGGCAUUUCUUGAAAGAAUAAGAUGCAGAUGUGCUUAGGUUAUCUAAACGCAUCAGGCAACAGCCUAGUCACUGUUUGUCUUUUUUUUCUUCCACUGAGGGAAGCUGCGGCGUAAUGUAACGGCUCCUGAACAAUAUUCUGGAGGCGUGGUAACACAAAGCGAUUCCACACAUUACAGCGAACCAGGCACAUGUUCAAAAGGAAAACUUUACAAUAUAUUUAGAGAGGGAGGAUGUUCUUAGAUUCUUUUAGCACACUUCGGCUGGAGUUCGUUGCUAAUCCUGAGGUUGCACCAUAGGUCGCCCGAUAUAUUUAUUCUCCAAUAAGGGUGCUGAAAAAAUGUCCGUGCGUUUUCGCAAAAAAAAAAAAAAAAACGUAAGUUCGGAGGGCGUGACCUCGAUUAUUAUUAUUAUUAUUAUUAUUAUUAUUAUUAUUAUUAUUAUUAUUAUUAUUAUUAUUGUCGUUCCUAGGCACGAUAAGUAAAUUUUGACGAACUGAUUGAUUGAUUGAUUGAUUGUAUUGCAUUGAUCGAGCCGAAGCGAAAUUACGAAUUUUCAUUCUGCGAAACAGCUGCGUUUGUUUUACCUGUCCGAACUACGCGGCACGCAGGGUAAUAUCAUAAGAUCAAACAGUUACAAAUAAAUAGCUUCGUUCAGAUGUCAUUUUUUUUUAUUCAGCGAUAACGUUCAGCGAUAUCGUGCUUUCUUGUCGAACAUUUGGUCUUCGUGGAGCUUAAGACAACCAGGAUGGGCACUCGUACGUGAUGGAUAUAGCAGGACGCUAUGACAACAGCAACAUGUGGUAUAUAAUGUGUUCAGGUGAACACUGAAAGAAAAAAAAACAAAAUUUCCACUAUAAUGUUUCUUACAUGUGCAGGUACGUAACAUACCCAGCUCGUCGCAGUUUCGUAAGCAGUCGCAAGUUUGUGUGCAAUUUCGCCAGAGAAGCAGUGGAACGAAACAUUGCAGUAUUCUUUUCAUUGCUUGUAAGAGUUUCCGCGUUAAUUGCGUUACGUGUUUGCUAGAACCGUUAUGCCAGCAUUAGUAUGGUGGGGGAGGG